CAGGAGGACAAGAGCUCGCUCUCCACCGCGUCGCCCAAGCCUGCGAGCGCCGCCGAGCCCAACAACCAUGCAAAUACUGCCGAGGAGCUGCCUACCAUUGAGGAGGCCACCGACGGAGAGGCGGCCGCCGAAGAGGCCGACGCCGAAGAAGCCGCCGCCAAAGAGGCCGCCUCCGAUGAAGCCGCCGCCGAUGAAGCCGCCGCUGAAGAGACCGCCGCCAAAGAGGCCACUGCCGGAGAAGCCACCGCUGACGAGGUCACCGCCGAAGAGGCCGCCGCUGAGGAGGGCAGCGCCACCAACCCCGGUGACGAGUCCUCCGACGACACCGUUGUGUCCCCAGAAGAUGCGGCCACAACGGCUGAUGAGAUCCCCACAAGCGACGAAGCGACCUACUCCUCGCCAGAGAUUUCGCCGAUCACACCACUGGACUCGAACACGGAAGCGAGCGCCGAUGAGCAAAACACCGGCGAUGACGUACCCACGGUGCCCGAGGAGGUCAUGAGCGAUGUGCCCACGCAAGAUACAGACUCCCCGUCGUCGACCUACGAGCUCGGCCCGGCCACGGAGCCCGCGCUGUUGCAUGCGUACGCGCAGGUAUACACGCACACCAGGAUCGAACGCGACGGUUAGUCGGACCACGGAAAUGUUAUUUGAGAUACUCACGUGACACACUGUAUCAAAUUAAGGUUUCAAGUUUCCCGAUUUAUUCUACGAAGAAGGAUUCGUUUAAGGAUUUUGAUGCGGUUUUCACCGUUUAGAGACGUUUUUGUCUUUGGUACAUUCAUAAGUAGACAGUGGAUAAUUCUUAGCAUAGAUGAUGUAGACACCGGUUUAAAUGUUUUAGAAUUUGUUCGCGAUUGCCGGCUAUUUAUAAUUCAUUGUAUGUGUAGGAAUAAAAUAUAAUUUAAUCAUAAUACAUUGCAAGAAAUAGUUUAAAAACCUACAACGGAAUCGGUGACGCCAGCCCGGUACAUAGGUCUUGGUGUCAGAUCGCUUGGUAAGUCUCGACCGCGCUGAUAGCACACACGAUCCCGUAACGGGCCCGAAGGCUUCUAAUCACAGAUGUAUUGUUCUAUCCAUUUUAAACAAUACGAUAGUACGGUAAUAUUAAAGUACGUAAAACAUAAGAUUGCUGUAACUCAAAAGAUUAAAUCUCCAUCCUAAUAUUCGUAAAAAUUCUGUUUAAAACAUGUACUGUGUACUGUGUGGAUAAUUAAAAAAAAUCAUUUGACAUUACAAUAUCCUCCGAUCGCGAAGCAUAGGACCGACAAAAAAUAUGACAUCGGCAAUCGCUUGUCAGAUACUACUAACAACGUUUAUAGUCUAAACUUAGCCACUUAUAUGUGACCCUCGUCUAAUAACCAAUACACAAGAAGGUGUCAGAGGCUCUUUGGUAUCAACACAACAUCGAUUAUCUGUGCUAUGAUUUGUGAGCCCUUAUCCCGCAAGUCAGUAACUCUCAGAUGCUCAUGUUGGUAUGGACAUUUUGUUUCGGCUUCAACGAGGUUCUCAUGUACGUCCACAAACAUUAUCAGCAAAAUAUUUAAAAAAAGAGAUGUAGGUAAUGACCUUUGUCCUGGAUAGGGGAACAGAAAAAAAAAUAUCAGCAUACUAUCGUAUUUAAAGUAUACGAUGUACCUGUGAUUAGAAGUCUGUAUGUACAUUCACCUACAUAAUUAGCUGAACAAAUUUAACACUUUAUAUCGCAUAUACCCUUUUGUGUUCUUAUCAACUUCUUUUCUUCACAAAAAAAUAAUAAAAGUGAUUUACUUUAACUUUGCACAAAAAAAUGUUACAAUUGAAGUUUUGAAUUUGUUCAGACACUUUUGCUGCUGACUGUACUUUUAAAGAACCUAUUUCGCAAUAACUGCGACAUGCUAGGCGACUGGACAGUUUGAGUCGACCCUUCGGCCCUGUUGCGGUAUCGUUUUCGCCACCAGCUCGGACGAGAGUUAUCCCAGCCAUCAUGGCUGGCCAGGUCGGCCGAGAGCCAAAAAUCAUUCUUAAUUUUUAAUCAAGUCGAAAUUAUUAUUAGAUGUCGUAUAUAUAUUACAGAUAUUUCCAUAACUACAAUAGCCUGUCGAUAAGCACAAACAGUCAAAUUCAGUAUUACUAUCGUAGACGGACAUAUCUAUCGUAUUAGGUGUUUAUAGUAUAAUCACAAUAAAUAAAUAAAAAUAGAUUCCAUCACCAUCAAGUUGAAAAGCUUAAUGUAAUUCAAAUAAAUAGUGAAGUAGUUUUGUUUUCAAAUUCUAAGUGUUUGUUAGCGGAUAACAUGUAUUAGUUAUAUAAACGUUAGACAAAUAAGCUUACUAGACGCCACUAUUUCAGUUAAUCUUAGACGCUAUGUUGUAUUAAGUAUUUCGGUCACGUGCUCUUUCUGCGUUUCUAUUGGCCAAUCAGCUUCCACUCUAGAUGUAAUACGUUGCUCCUAUUGGUUGAUUUUUGUCACGUGUUUUUAAUUGGCUAAUCACAAAAUUAGUAACCGCCAUUGUUUUCAUUUAAUAAAUGUGGCGUCUAUAUGUUUACCGGUCUGCGCGACUUACAUCUCAUGUUAAUCUAUAUUAAUAUGUGUUAGUAAUAUAAUCAACAUAAUUUUAAUAUAAGUUAUUGCGCAUAUGUAAGAAAAGCUUUGAGUGUCUAUUAUCAAUAUGACCCCACUGGUAUGAUCCGUUUAAUUUUUGGUGGAACUUUUUUUGUACCUUUAAUUUGAUACAUGAUGUCCCUAAUCGAUCUUGUCCCUAUAUGAGUAGUGUUAUCUUUUAUUUCUGUACAGCUAUCGCCUCUGGUCUGUGUUGUAGAGGUCUUGGGUUCGAAUCCUGGGUAUAUUUAUAAGGAAAGUUCGCGUGAAAAGAAGCUCGAGUAGAAUCUACGACCACGUGAGCUUGUAUGAACAGCUGUUCACAGUGUAUAUAAAGGAAGUAAAUUACGGAAACCUCGUGACAAUAUGUACUUGUAUUCAUUAGGAACUAAAUUAUAUAAUGUAGUCUAGACAUUUGUCUAUAGUUACCGUCAACAAAAAAAUUAAAUCAUCUCAAAUAACAUUUCUGAUUUCUUCACUAGAAGAGGCGCCAUCGGCCCCCUAUAGUUGUUUAAAUUGUAUAUUUGUUUAUAGUGAAAUGAAAGAAAAUGUGAAUAAUAGAAUGUAAACGCUGUAUAAUUCUCUCUAACGGUUUAAUUUUUACCGCCAGUUACGCUUUAGUAUAGUUUAUAGUUAGCAAAAAAAUCUAAAUAAAUAAUUUAGUAUUGACGCGGACUUAUAUGCCAGUCACUAUAUCGGCUCAUGACAUAAAGGUUUUAAGCCACAUAACGUACAACAUAAUGAAUACCCCGAGCUGCAAUAUUACCGAUUCUUUUUAAGGUUUGAGCCGAUGUAGUGUUAAGUCGAUAAGUCCACGUGAAUUUUAACCCAUCCGAAUCGACUGCUGUUAGUUGUGAGACGCCCUAAGGGUAUAGGUAAUUGAUAUGUGUGUGUGUGGGAGUAUAUUGCGUUUGACAUAGUAUUUCAAAUAUAUGUUAUGGUUUCUCGUUAUGUUUUCAUAAUGGCGAAUUAUUUUUAUAUAUUUAGAUUGAGUGCUGUCGAGGGGUUCUAGACCACUUUUAGGGGUCAAUAAGGCCGCAUCAAUACCCUUAUUAUUUUUCUAAACAUAGCGUUAAGUUUUUAAGCCUAGUUUAAAAGUAACAAGAGAUAGCAUCUGUCUUAUAGAACGGCGUAACCCAAGUAGUGCUUUCCAAUUUUUAACCAUCAGGAAACUACAUUUUCGUCUCGUCAUGUCCCUAAAAAUGGCCCAACGAACCCCCACUCACUGCCCUUUAUAAUUAAGAUCGUUUACAACGAAAACUUUGUUUAUGACGUGGUUACAUGAGAUAUAUAUGUUCCUAGCAACUUUUCCAUAAUGUAUGAGUGUUAUGAAAUGCAUUUAUUUGGUGCGAUGCAGUACCGUUUGUUUGCAAUGUGUUUGUUAAUUUAAAGCUAUGACAAUGACGUGCUAAGGCGUCGCAGGGCAGCACAGUGUCGUAAUUGUGACAAAAAUAUCGUCACAUUUUCAUUAUUGUUUAAAUUGUAUUUUUUUUAAACACUAUCCCGCCACAAGACGGCGACUGCACAGUGAGUCCUUAAUUUAAGCUUGUGUUGUAUAUUUUGUGCUUAGGUUGUGGUGAAAACUACAUAUUCCCCAGACUUAUAAGGAUUUGUUACUGUUAAAAAAAUACGGUUAAUGUUGGACUUUUUUGGCACCAGUACUGUUUAAACGUCACAUGCUAUCCAAGUGAUCAUUCGACGCUAAAAUAAGCCGAGUUGUUUGAUAUAUAAAGUGAAAUUUCCUUUCACCGUGCAUGACCUGAAUAUCAAAGGUAAAAAAGACUCGGCUUCUUUCUUGUCAAGAUACAUUGAAAUUAAAACUGCCAUUGAUUUAUUUAAGAUUUAUUUUCUAACGCUACUUUAAAUAUACUCUAAAAAUAAUAGCAGAAGCUUAUUGCUGUUUAGUUUAUUUAAAUUAUGCUCAAAUUUACUUAUAAUAUGUUUGACAGGCAGCACUGUACAAUUGGUUGUAUUUCGUUGUAAAAUUUAUUUAAUUGUAAUAUAAUUGAUAUUUGUGACAAUUAGACAGUUCGCUUUAAUAUUUUUUAUUGUAAUUAAAAUGACUGACGUACGGACACGGCGAACUAUAAUUAAAUUGAGCGUGACGUUCAGUGACGUUUUGAACGUGUAUCGGCGAAUUGUAUUGCUGCAUGAACUCUGUUCCUAAACACCUAAGAACAGUACAGCUCGAGACGCAUCGAUACACGUUCUCCUACGUAAUGGUUCUUUUCGCUUCAAAACAAUGUCUACACAAAAUUAUUUUUAAACUUUUUACAUUCGGUUUAAAAACGUUCAUUUAUGUGAUACUUCAAUUAUUUAUGAAACGGAACAAUGCACAAACAUGUAUCGACAAACGAUUUCACUAAAUUAUUCGCACCGCUAGGUUGUUAUGACUUCUCUUUCUAAUAUGUAUGCAUAACCUACGUCUUUAGACGAUCGAUUUUUAUUUCUGGUUUCUAGAUGAGCGACACGAACAUGUGUUACUUUUGUUUUAUAUAGUUGAUUGUAUAUAGAGUCUAAAAUUUUGGCAACAGUGAGGAUUUCCCACGGCUAUAUAUACGUUUCUUGGUACCACUUAGACAUAAAAAAGGGUGCUGUUGAGUCAAUCUAGGCAUCAAACAAGCUCCACAAACUUAGACAAUAUCGCUCAUCUAACAAAACCAGCUGGUCCUCAACGCGCUGAAUUGUCGCACAACUAAAUUAAACUCGUGAAACUAUUUAACCCAAAUUAACUUAGGUGAUACAUAGAGCUUAUGAUUUGUGUGCAAUUGAUACGGUGAUUAUAUUUUAGUUGUAAAAUUAUAUUUUUUGUAUGCGAUAUCUGUAAGUCUAAAUCAGUAUUUUUACUAUAACUUAGUGUGGUAGCGGUCUGCGGACUGUACGCUGUGUGAAUUGUGUAUGAAUGUAAAGAGUAAAAGUACACGAAUUUUGUUUCGUCCAUUACAUUCCUUAAGGACAAUACGGUAGCGUACUUGCGAUUUGUAUUGUUUACAUUUAGCGAUGGUACUUUCGUCUGAUACCUAGUCAUUAAACGGCUAAGGCCUUCCGCGACGUAUAAUGACGUCGUCGAUGUUAGGCCGCGUAAUUCGUCUGUUACGCGACGGAUUGUAAUUGAGUGAUUUUUUAUAUGUCAUACAUUACCCGUCUCUAUGUCGAUGACGAAUAUAAGGCCCUAAAUCUAUUAUGUAAUGCUCACAAUACAAGUACAUAUGUAUCAAUGCAUUCGGCCAGCGCAGUGCCGGGAAUACAUGGAUUGUUUACUGUUGAGAUAAUGCCGAGUGGCCUGGGACAGCGCUGCGACAACAGGGCCGUACUUAGUCAGGCUUUCCGAGGAUCUAGGACCCAUACACACCAAUAAUCGAGAUGCCAUUAUCGGGAGAUAUAUUUUUACAACGCCUUGCUCAUAUCUACAAAGCUUCAUUUUGUCACAUUAUGAUUGUUGUUAAUUUCCGGUUAAAAUAAAACUGUUAGCAAUUCUAAUGCAAACAGCAUAAAUAAAGACUAUAAAUAGAGCAGGUAUGAAGAAAAUAGCUUUCAUUUGUCGCCCGGAAAGCCCGAAUAAAGACGGCCCUGGAGGAAUUAAAUAUAGUUUAAAAUCUUUACCACUAGUCGUUAGAUCGAUACAGGGAUGCAUUAAAACAAAACAGUGCAUUUGUUCUCUAAAUAAAUUUAAAAAAAUAGGUUAAAUAAUCAUAAUUAUUUGUCCAGUUUAAUUCUUAAAACAAGAAAUUGGGAAAUAAUUAACCUACAUAAAAAAAGAAAGGUAUUCAAUCCACCAUUUAUUUGUAAUAUAACUUCAGUAACUCGUCACCUAUCGGUCCCAUUUCACAAGCUUUUAUUUAAAUUGCAAUAUUUAUCUUCGUCAAAUAUGGCAAUUUAAUGCAGCAACGUAAUUUCUACAAGUCAUGUGCCGUUUCUCCACUCUUGAGUGUGUGUGCCAAAAAUACAUAACUUAAUUUUGACGCCGCAAUCCAUAUAUCUAGCUCAAACUAUGACUGAUAUUAAUCUGGAGUUUUCUAAUGUUAGACAAAGUAGCAAAUAGAGUAACUCGCUUCAGAUUCGUUAAAACUAUAUGUAGCGGCGUAAAGGUAGACACCGCUGUAGAGGAACAGAUGGUUACGUUCCUCUAUGGAAGGGGAAGAUUUCCAGUCAGGCAGAUGUUGCGCCUGACCGGCCGCGGCCCCUCCGACAGUUCCUAUUCGGAGGUGGUAUAUAUGCUGCACGUCGCUCAAAUUGUGCAACCGUGAUUCAGGAUCGAUGUCGCCAUCUAUCGUGAUUGCUGUGUGAUAUUACUGUAGUUGCGUCACUGCAUCGAUCCUCUUGAAGUUCCGGCGAUGUUGACAAGAUGGCGGUGUAUGCCUCGAUUGGACCGCCACAUCACUCCCCCCCGGAGACCGGAGGUCGAAAGUCUUCAGGUCUUCAGUCGAGUCUUCGAUGCUAAGCGUAUAGCAUGUCGGUGCCAGAGAGUAGAUGCCCCAGUGCGUCGGGGUGUAGAUGUCCCCAGUGAAUCGGGGUGUAGUUGCCCCAGUGAGUCGGGAUGAGAUGCCCCAGUGAGUCGGGGUGAGAUGCCCCAGUGAGUCGGGGUGAGAUGCCCCCAGUGAGUCGGGGGUGUGGUCCCAGUGAGUCGGAACCGUGCGCAAUUGGCCCUAGUGAGUCAGGGCUGUGCGCGGUAGUCAGCUCCUUUGAAGCGAAGCUGAGAGUUGGAUUCCAGUGAGUCGGAAUCGAUGCUGCGUCCUCUGCGAUGAGUUCGGUGCGUCACGUGGCUAUACCGCGACAACCGGCGAAUGCUGCCCGUAGAUGGUCCGACUGUAGCGCAGUUGUGCCGUGACGUUGGAGCCGAAGUCCGUGCAGGAGUGCCGAAGGUACCAGGCUUGCAUUGGCAGCAUGCAUGUGGUAACCUUAAUGGCUGGACAGUGCUGGCUGGCUGUGCGAAGUGUUGACUGGCUGGAUGGAAUGGAAGUGAUGGAUGGCGAGGUGAUGCGAAGCGACGACGAUGCAGGUGCGGCUGGUCUGGUUGAUGACGGUGCGAUGAUGUUCAGCGUCAGGGGUCACCACUGUAGCGGCGUAAAGGUAGACACCGCUGUAGAGGAACAGAUGGUUACGUUCCUCUAUGGAAGGGGAAGAUUUCCAGUCAGGCAGAUGUUGCGCCUGACCGGCCGCGGCCCCUCCGACAGUUCCUAUUCGGAGGUGGUAUAUAUGCUGCACGUCGCUCAAAUUGUGCAACCGUGAUUCAGGAUCGAUGUCGCCAUCUAUCGUGAUUGCUGUGUGAUAUUACUGUAGUUGCGUCACUGCAUCGAUCCUCUUGAAGUUCCGGCGAUGUUGACAAGAUGGCGGUGUAUGCCUCGAUUGGACCGCCACACUAUAAAUGAAGAUCGUUUCGGAUGUCGUUAAGGAUUGCGUUUCAUACAAUGAUAUGAAAUUAACUGAACGGGUCUUUAAUCUGUAAUAGUGUUUUAACUUGACAAAAUACAAUCUUAAUAAUAUAAUAAGCCUUUAGAUUCAUAAAAAAUUAUAGCUACUAUAUAAAUAACUAAUCAGAUUUACUACUUAUAUUUUAUUAUUUAUAUUUAUUGUAAGCAUAAAAGGAACACCUACCACAUGCAUCCAUAAUAUCGAUCUACAUUCUAGUGUUUCCAACCAGUGUGCUAAAUCUGUAAUAUAUAUUUAAAAAUCUAUUUUCUUACAAAAUUUGUAGUACUCAUGUCGUUUUAGAGUAAUAAAUGGGAUGAAAACAAGGAGUGAAAAACAAUAUUUAAAAUUACAUCGUUACAUCAUCUUUGUAACUCCGUUAGUAAACAAAUUGCAAAAUACAUUUUUGUGCAAGAAUUUCGACUGAAAGUUUUCACUCAACUUCCCUUAUUACAUUAUAUUAUAAGUUCUGUGUCGAUCGAGUUGAAAAUGACUGCCACGGUUUGAGAUCAAUUUAUAAUGGCUGAUUGAUAAAGUACAACGAUUGUAUACCUUAUGAUGUAUGUCGGCCUCUAUCUUACCUCUAAUUUAUUUGUAACACUACUCUAUACUCGUAUGUAUAGCCCUCCUGCAUAUCGGGUUAUACAUUAUUUACACGAAUUGUUAAUACUUCGGGUCACAAGAUUAAACAUUAAUAAAGGAA